GGCGGAAGUGGCGGGAGCAGUCCCGGCUCUGUCCCCGCCCCGGCGCGGCCGGCACCAUGCUGCCCUUAUCCUUAUUGAAGACAGCCCAGAAUCACCCCAUGUUGGUAGAACUAAAAAAUGGUGAAACCUACAAUGGGCACCUUGUGAGCUGUGAUAACUGGAUGAACAUCAAUUUGAGAGAGGUCAUCUGUACAUCCAGGGAUGGUGAUAAGUUCUGGCGAAUGCCUGAGUGUUACAUCCGAGGCAGCACCAUUAAAUACUUGCGGAUUCCUGAUGAGAUUAUUGACAUGGUAAAAGAAGAGGUGGUGUCCAAGGGCAGGGGCCGAGGUGGCGUGCAGCAGCAGAAGCAGCAGAAGGGGCGUGGUGCAGGUGGAGCUGGCCGAGGUGUGUUUGGAGGUCGAGGCCGAGGGGGGAUUCCUGGCAGCGGAAGAGGACAGCAGGAGAAAAAGCCGGGCCGGCAGGCUGGGAAGCAGUGAAGGUGUGGCCGUGGCCAGGCCUUGCCAGAGACUUUGACUGGAAGACCCGUUUGCUGCUGCCUUGUACUUGGCCUUGUGAUGUGGUGUCCUAUUUCUAAUUUUCAGUUGAUUAAUCUGUUUUUAAAAAAAAGAAAGUUGGGGGCUGGGCAGGUGUUAGGAAAGAAUCCCAUGAAUUGUGUCUUUUGUAAUCCUUUGAAAUCCUCUUCUUUAGGUAAAGUUAGAGUAGUCAUCACCUCACUUGUUUAGCCACCAUUCUAGAGUUAGAAAUAUGAGGGGGCUUUUCAGUUUUUUGACAUCCUUGGUUCCUGGGACUUGAUUCCUUAGAAAAGUCCAAUGUUAUUUCAUUUGGAAGAUUCUGAACUCUUUUUUUUUUUUUUUAAGCAUAGCUGAACAUGGUGGUCUUAGUUCCUGUUUGAAGGGUGUUUCGGGCAUUUCCAGAGAGAUUUUCUUGUGCUGCCACCUGUCUGGUGAUGUUUGCUUUAAGAUUUGGGCAUUUCUGACACAUGGCAGGUUUUUUCCUUCAAAGUUACAGGCCCUGAAACUGUCAGGGAGGUGUUUCCUUUAAGUCUGUUCCCCAACCUUGCUGCUUCUUCUUCUUUUUUUUUUUUUUUAAACUAAAAAUAGAGGUUGGAACUUGUUUCACAGAAUAAUUAUUGGAGUUGUUUUCCCUUCUCCCAGUGUUUGUUUUGGGGAAACCACUUUAGUUUGUGUGAUUGAAAUAAAAAUAAAACAACCAUAAGCUGAAAAUUAAUAAUUCUUUUCUACAUGCUCAGCAGAUGAGCAUGUGAUUUCUUCAUUCUCAGGCUGCCAUGGAGCAUAUUUUCACUCUCCCUCCUCAGGAAAGACGGUGGCUUUGGGUAUUGCACUGUAUGCUUUCUUUGUGGCACCAGAGCUGUCCCACUGGCAAACCUCCUAUCUCCUGGUUCUCUGACACAUGUGUCCCUUUCAGAAGUUAAUCUAGUAUACAGAAACACUUGUUACUUCACAAAACUUUUUAAACUUCCAGAUUCUGGGGGUAGAAAUAAAAGAUUUAUGUCUUUCUAUUUCA